AAAAGAAUCCGAUGAACAAGUUAUCAAAUUGUUGAGGUCUUAUCGCAAUAUACAUAUGUCAUUCGAAGAUAAAAUCGAAGUCUUCCUCAGCGACACUAGCAGGACAAAAUGCUAUUUUGGACAUUUACUUUACUAUGCUUCGUUCGAUCAUGUAUGGCAGUGUCGGUUAUUAUAGACGAGAAUGGGGUGAAUUGCAGUGUAAACUGUGCGUGUUGUAAAGGAGGAAUAUCAAAGUGUAAUGAUGAUAACACCUGUAAAGACGGAUGUGUUGCAACCAUAUCUGGUCACAGAUGUUUUCACUCUUGUCCCGAAAACUGCUACACGUGCGAACAUAUGUUUGGCAAGAUAUGUUACACCUGCAAAGAUACAUUUUAUGAUAAAAACAGUGUGUGUAACAAGAGGUGUUCUUUAGGUUGUUACAAUGGGACCUGUAAUGACGAUGGAAUGUGUAGCCCAUGUAAAGCAGAUUUCGAAGGUCCUAGAUGCACUACAUGUGUACCAGGAAAAUAUGGUUCAAAUUGUUCUUUAAAGUGUGGAAAUCAGAACUGUCGAUGUACGACUGACAGAGAUUGCAUUUCUUGUAAAAAUGGCUUCUUUGGCAUCAGCACCAACUGUCAAACACCUUGUUCCACUGGAUGUCAAAAUGGCGUUUGUAAUGAUGAUGGGACGUGUAAUUGUACCUCAAGAUUUAUUGGAACUACGUGCAGUGAAUGUAUGUCCGGAUACCAUGGGACACACUGCAAAGAAAAUUGUUCCGUAGGCUGUGUAAAUAGACAAUGUUCAAAAAAUGGCACGUGUUCCUGUCAAGAUUUCUUUGGUGGAUCAACAUGUGAAACAUGUUUAAAUGGACGAUACGGUGAUCGUUGUGAUCAAGUAUGCAGUGUCGGCUGUAACAAAACAAGAGUAUGUGACAGAAUCACCGGCUUCUGUGAAUGUCUACCGAACUUUACCGGCGAUAAGUGUGAGCAAUGCAAAGACGGUCUUUACGGACAAUCAUGUGACUUACAUUGUCCGGAUACUUGCAAAGGCGCCACAUGCGCGCAACAUGAAGGGAGAUGCACACUUGGUUGUGUUGAUGGUUAUUCGGGUGACAAUUGUACAAACACUUGUGACAUUCCAUGCACAGAAUGUCUACAAAAUGAUACUUCCCACUGUGUGUUAUGCCACGGUGGAUAUACUGGAACAAAAUGUCGAUGUCCUCCUAACUGCAACUGUGCAACUGGAUUAGAUGUUUGUGUUUCAUGUUCACAAGGUUACGCUAAUCCUGAGCAACAAUGCACGUGUCAAUCGAAAUAUUGUAUCGAGAGUCUGUGCGAUCAAUGCAUUAAUCAAACGUUUUACUCUGAUAACAAUGCGUGUUGUGCAUGUCCAGAAAAUUGCAAAGAUGGUGUCUGCAAGAAUGGACCCGAGUGUAUUUCAGGUUGUAUUGACGGUUUUUACGGUCUCAAUUGUUCUAAAAGGUGUUCGUUCUUCAGUGCUGGGUGUUUACAAUGUAACAGGACUGAUGGAAAGUGCUUAUUGUGCAACAACGGAUAUUACCUUCAUGAAAAUGGCAGUUGCACAGGCUGCCAAAGAAAUUUCUACGGAUACUUAUGUAAAUCUAAAUGCUCUGAAAACUGUCAGCAAAAGGGAACAGAAACAAGUUGUAACAACGUCGGUAAAUGUACAUAUGGAUGCGUUGAUGGAUACGAAGGGGAUGGCUGCACAGUGAGCGAUAUUCAAGACAAUGUAGCUGCCUCACCAGUAGGAUAUAUUGUGGGGGUAGUGACCGUUAUAGUCAUCAUUGGUGUGGUUGUUGUGGUCUUCCUUAUGCGUCCAAGAUUAACUCGCCUGUUUUCCUCACACACCACAAGCGGAAACAUGAAUACAUCUGUCAAAGCUGACGUUAUUGUCGAAAACAAGAACAAUUCAAACGAAAUAAAUGAGCGCAACAACCGAGAUUCCACCGAUUCUGAUCAACUUGGUCACCGACAUCAAGCAAGCACGUCUUCUUCGCUAAAGCAACCAACAUCAGUAUGCGAGAUAGAUCUGGAAUUUGAUAAAGAUGCUAUUCACGAAGCUGAAUGCACUGCUGGUGUAUAUUACAACAACUCGGUCGCUUUGCAGAGGCCUAAAGUUUCUAUUGACGGUCUUGUUGAAUACGUUGAUUCAUUAACACAGGAUGAUAUCAAAGUUGCAUUUGAGAAAUUUCCCCAAGGGCUUAUUAAGCCGUACGUUCACUCCCAAAGAAGUGGCAACUUGCAAAGAAACAGAUACAAGGGCAUUUAUCCAUAUGACGAUUGCAGAGUAAAGAUUCGGGAUGAAGAUACGGAUUACAUCAAUGCAAGUUUUAUUGAUGGAUAUAAAAAAGGGAAAGAGUACAUCGCCACCUUAGGACCAAUGUCGCAGCAACUAGGUGGUGAUUUCGAACCCUUCUGGCGGAUGGUUUGGCAACAGAAGGUUGAGAAGAUUGUCAUGGUCACAAACCUGAUUGAGAAUGGGACGGGUAAAUGUGAACAGUAUUGGCCAAAUGUUGGUACUAACAAGAUGUAUGGCGAGUUUAGAAUUACGUGUCAUUCGGAGGACAUGUAUGCCGAGUUUACAAGAAGAGCCCUUACAAUUAUAAAGUCAUCCGAAGAAAGGUCCAUCUAUCAACUGCACUUCACAUGUUGGCCUGACAAAGGCAUUCCCGACGACGUCACAGCGAUCAUUGAGUUUAGACAAAGAGUACUGAAUACCCCUACAACGUAUAAAGGACCUACUGUAGUUCAUUGCAGUGCCGGUGUGGGACGAACGGGCACAUACAUCGCUCUGGACAUCCUGACGAAGGAGGGUGAAACUGAAGGAGCGGUUGAUAUCCCUGGAUGUGUGGUCAACAUGCGACAGAACAGGCCGAACAUGAUACAGACUAUGGAACAGUAUCAAUAUCUCCAUAAGGCUGUUGUGUAUUCCCUGACUUUCAAUUGCACUCCGAUCAAGGCAGAAAAAUUUCAGCAAUACAUGAAGACAACAAGAAGAGCUGACUUAAACAGGCAAUUUCAGCAACUUCAGCACACCGUUGAACAGCGAUCGAAACAGGAAGCAAACGCAGUCAAAAUAAAUAAAGAAAACUUGGCUAAAAAUCGGGCCAAUGCAGACAUACCAGGUGAUGAAAACCGACCACGACUCUACCUUGGGUUGGAAAGUGGAGCGUCUGAUUACAUCAAUGCUGUGUAUAUACAUGGUUUCAAAGAAAAACGCCGAUUUCUUGUUGCACAGACUCCUUUGCCAGAGACCGUUAAUGCCUUCCUGACAUUGGUUGUCCAAGAAAACUGCUCAUGUAUUGUCAGUUUUGAGCCAGACAUGGACAAACAAAGGAAUGUUGGAAUAUACUACCCGGCGGAAAACAUGCAGGUGUUAAAGAAGGGGUCAUUUGAAGUCAGCUCUUCACGUGAAACAAGGAAAUCACACUAUGCAAUAAGAAGCCUUAAGAUACGACAUACGAGAGCGACAGGGCGCCUUUCGGAGAAAACUCUGGCCCACAUGCAGUUCACCGAGUGGGAUGAAAUUAAGAAUGUCCCUCUUUCUGUUGAAAACUUUCUCACCUUCCAGAAUGACGUGGAGGAAACAGCAAACAAACAGAAAGAUGGACCGAUACUUCUACAUUGUUUUGACGGAGCAGGCCGAACGGGUCUAUUCUGCGUGGUGUCAAUGCUGCUGAGGAAAAUGGCCAUAGAACACGAAGUUAGUGUUCUCAAUGCUGUUAGGAAAGUCAAGACCAUGCGACGACUGGCGAUUCCGAAUUUGGAUCAAUUCAUCUUCUGUCACGAGAGCGUCAUGGAAUACUUGCGAGCAUUUGACAAGGAUGUGUAUGCUAACUUUGCUGGUUCAAAUGAAUAGAGAUCAUGAAUUAGGAACAUGGAUAACAAAAACAUAUAAAUUCAGAACGAUUGUUCAUACAAAAUAUGACGCUGUUGCAAUUUUAAUUUCUUAUAUUUUUGUGUUAUUAUUUAUAUCCAACACUUACAGAACUAAAACACAAUGAUUGUAUAUAUUAAUACUAAGGGACCGAACUGAGCAUACUUUUGUAUAUAUUAUAUUGUUAGUAAUUGAUUACUUAUGUUGCUUUUUUAAUUUCUUUUAUUUUUAUAGUAUAUACAUAUAUAGUGUUGUUUACCUAUGCUUGUGGCACUGAUGUCCUUCAGUGCCUCUUUUAUCAUUAUUGACUGUUAAUAUUAAAACGGACUUGCUAAUACCUGUAUAGAUUUUAAUGUUGAAAUAUUGAUUCGGAAAUACAUGACCUCUGAAGAAAGUCUUUUGAGAAGAUUGCUAACAGAAAUCUCGAGAAAACUAUUAGGUCAUUAGGGUGUAUGUUAACAUUUAAUAACUGCUGAAUGUAAAUGAAACUGUUGUUUAAAAUACUAAUCCUUAAUCUAUUGUAAUGAUAAUAUUUGACCUAAGGAUCAUUAUGUCACACCAGACACAUCAUAUCGCCUACAAAAGCAACCUUAGAGGAUGCAAAAAGCGACAACCUCUGCUGGCAACCCUCCAGAAUAUAGGACAAUAGGUUCUGUGAAAGAUUGACAGAUGCCAUAUGAAAACUGUCCGAUCAUCAAAACGAUUUAAAUGUUAGAGUCGGCCGUUCAUCCGAGUCUAGCCAACUGAUGAUUUAUGGUUGAAUGUAAAGUAGAACUAACUAGGCAAUCGUACUACGUACUUCAUGUCUUUAAUGCUUGUUAAUAUAUAAAUGUUUAACCAUAUAGUAAAUAAAUACUAGAUAAA